CAGAGAUCAGCAAACGAUUAGCUAGUGCAGUUGGACGUCUCUCUUUUCCCCGGCUAACGAAGCGUAGUUGGUGUGAGUUUUAACCGGUCACGCCGUUUGCUUGGUUUGGUGUGGGCAUAAUCCCCGUUGGAACAUUGUUGCAAGCUUCUCACAAUUCACCGGCUGCCAAAGUGCCGGCCGCGAUCUUGCGACUCUCUAGCAUUGGUUUGUCAGGCUUCGAACGCGGUUUUUCCAGCCUAGAAGGUUUCACAGUGGAAAUAACAGAGCCCACAAAGUUCUGCUUCCGUAGAAACGCGGGUGCCGGAAAUUUGCUGCAUCUCCCUUACGGGCUACCGGGAGUCGUAGAAGAGCGAGCGAGAGCAACUGCAACCGCGCUGGUGUGCGUGUGCGUCGAGCGUUACGAUAGCGAGGUGUGCGUUUGCACCGCGCGAUUCCCCGAGCGGAGUGUAGUGGUGAGUUUGGAAAAGCCAUCGUCCAUCGUAGCAGCCAGCGCCAGAGCGUAGCAGAGUGAAGCGAGCAGAGCAAGAAAGUAGUGUGUGGUUGAUCGUCGCCAGAGCCGUGUCCGUCACCAGUGGAACCGCGAUUCGAACAGCAAAAGGAGAGUUUUAUUAAUACUAUAAAAACCGAACCUCUUUGAAAUCUUCAAAAUGUCGGAACGCGAAAACAACAUCUACAAGGCGAAGCUGGCCGAACAGGCUGAGCGAUAUGACGAAAUGGUGGAAGCGAUGAAGAAGGUUGCUUCGAUGGAUGUGGAGCUGACGGUGGAGGAAAGAAAUUUGCUGUCGGUAGCCUACAAAAACGUUAUCGGAGCACGCCGUGCAUCAUGGCGGAUAAUUUCAUCGAUUGAGCAGAAGGAAGAAAACAAGGGUGUGGAAGAGAAGCUGGAGAUGAUUAAGAACUAUCGUUCGCAAGUGGAGAAGGAGCUGCGCGACAUCUGCUCGGACAUUCUCGAAGUGCUCGACAAGCACCUGAUUCCGUGCGCCACCACUGGUGAAAGCAAGGUGUUCUACUAUAAGAUGAAGGGCGAUUACCAUCGCUACCUGGCCGAGUUUGCCACCGGUGGGGACCGAAAGGAUGCGGCCGAAAAUUCACUUGUUGCGUACAAGGCCGCCAGCGACAUCGCUAUGACAAACCUUCCACCAACGCACCCGAUCCGAUUGGGAUUGGCUUUGAACUUUUCAGUAUUUUAUUACGAAAUCCUGAACUCUCCGGAUCGUGCCUGCCGUCUAGCGAAAGCUGCGUUCGACGAUGCAAUUGCCGAACUGGAUACUCUCAGCGAAGAAAGUUACAAAGAUUCGACUCUUAUCAUGCAAUUGCUGCGAGAUAACCUUACCCUAUGGACAUCCGACAUGCAGGGUGACGUCAAACCCAACCCCCCAGGUGAAGGAGAACAGAAAGAACAGAUCCAGGAUGUUGAAGACCAGGACGUGUCGUAAUUUGCACGCGACUCGUUUUAUGUGUGAGUUUAUUUUAUUAAUUAAAGGAGAAGAUAAGAGAUAAGCAUUACGAAAUAAGAAAAUAAACAUAAGAAAUACACACAGAAAAACACGGACAUAGCAGAGCAAAAAAGCAGAAAAGAAAAGAAAACACGGGAUGAAGAAUAAUAAACAAAACGAAAACACAAAAAUCAUGGAAAUGAUCAAACACUCAGCAAAAGCAACAAGUUUCGCAGCAGUUUAAUAGCAGCAAUUCCCGGAAAAGAACGCGAGGGCACAGAAAUACUAAUUGAAUUGGUGUAUCGUGGUGUGGUCUUGGUAGCAAGCAAAGUUGUGUUGAAAUGUGUAUGGGACAGUAGAAGAAGACAGUAAGAGAGAGCUAUGGGAAAUUAUCAUUUAUUCAUUCAACCUACAAUACACGUGUGAAAAGCGAUUUAUCUCUUAAAAUACAGCAAUGAUGUAAAGCAGCAAGCCGAAAACAACAAAAAACCCAAAACAGCGCAAAAAGCAUAAAGAGGAACUGUAGAAUAUCACAUCCAGAACGGGCGGAACGUGUUCCAAAGGCGCCCAGAGUAGAGGAGAAAGAUAGCGCGUGUAUGGUAAUGCAUUCGAGAACCGAAUUACAACAGUGGAGGGCGGAACACAAAUGCGCGCGAUUCGUGAAACUUUUAUGUAGUUUAAACGAGCGAAAGAACCGUGCGUUCCGAGGAAAGAACACCUAUUCCGGCAAUUAUGAUUCAUGCAAAAACCACACAUUAACUCUGUUUUGUGUCCUUCUCAUCACCAACCGGGGGCUUUACAUGUGUAUGUGUGUGUUGUGUGUGCACGCGCGCGUUUUUCCACUAUUCUCUACUAAGCAGGGGACAUACAGAAACACAGCAACCGAAACGAGCGAGAGAAGCACACAAAUAACUUAAGGACAAACCCAUUUUGGCCCCCCUCUCCCGGAAAAACAUUCUUCUCCAUACAUAGCAUAGAUAAAUGAAAAGGCUGUUUCGUAUUUCGUCGUAGAAAUCGAGCUAAUCCAUCUUAUCACACCCCACGCACGCGCCCUCCUGACUCUCAACACACAAUCCCCGGGAUCGCAUCUCCCUGUUCGCUGCCAUCGUCUCUUCUCUCCACAGUAGCAUCGUCCCUGUCCACGGCUCCGCGGACGCGCUCGUGUUGUGUGUCUUGCAAUCUCACGCAUAAGCAUCACCAUUUGUGUUACCUCGCGCCUCGAACGUACAUCUUAAGAUAUUAUACAAUCUGUUGUAUACAUUCCUAUCAGUUUUAAAGCCUCGUUCCGGGUAACAGCGCGCAGCGGACAUCUUUUCUGAAUCCUUCCGCGCGCGGCUUAAUUCGUUGCGCUUUGCACAAUUCAUGGUCACCGAAAACAUGAAUGGGGACAGAGAAAGAGGUGGUUGCGAAGCGUGUUGGCUGCUGCUACCCAUCAAAGUAGACGGAGUGGGGUAUUGUGUCUUUCUUCGGUUGUCAUAACAACAAACCGACCACACCGCGUGUGAGAAGAAGGAGCGUCGUAGGGUUAGCACAUGUAGACGAGGCAGGCGCGCACGUGUGAAAGCAGCAUGAUGCGUUGCGCGCAAAAGGAUACGCGUGCGCACGGACGACGCUGCUGCACAGAGGAGAAAGGCGCACGGCAAACGAUCAAUGUGGCGAGUAGAGAAGAGCGGAAAUUAAAGAGAGGAGUUGAUUAAAAUUAACAAUUACUAAGUGUGUUCUAUUCGAUUGAGCAGCUGUUGUGGUUUGUGGUGGAAGCAUAUUGUCCUGCAAAAUACACGAUCGCACACACAACACUCCCUUCACAGCGCGCCCAACACACAUAUGUGCACGUGUCUCGUCCCACUGAAGAAACAAUAAAAAGAGCAUUAGUAGCAAACGGGAAAACAACCACCUCUCUAGUAGUGGGCUCUAAUCUUGUGUGUCUGUCCAGCAAACAGCCAAACCGUGGCCGCCACCCUUCGACGCAUCUCUCUCCUUUGGCGCGCGCAGUGCGCUGCCUGUGCGAAAAUAUUCGCGCUCCACGCGUUGUGUCUCAUGUACGUACUUUGCUUGCUCUGUGUGAGAAACCGCGUGGUGUGGAACUGGAAAGAAAAUCAAUGAUCGCGCGGUCGGCCACGCCCCCCCCAGGCGCAUUGCGCAAUAUUCAGUGAUCAGUGAUCUCGCGGGGACUCAAUUGCUGUUAUUAGCGCUCGAUUGCAAACAGAGAAAAACGAAUCAAGCAAACAAGCAUCCAUUGAAUGUGUAUUGUUUUUGUCAAUAUAUAAUAAAGGAGUAACUAUUAAAAACCCAGCAUCAAAAGCAGGUGGUUGCAGCAACAGCAGCCAGAGCGAGAGGGCGCAAGCGUUAUCCUGUGUGAAUAUUAUGCGAAUGCUUACCGAACAAACAAAUGUAAAAUCGCCCAACAUAUUACUGCGCAAACGGAGACGAAACUCUCUGAGAACGCUGCAAGGAACACACAAAAAAAGGAAAUUGAUAAAACAAAUAUUAUGGAAUGCGAUUUUGAUCGGUUUAUUAAAUAGUAAUAACUAAGUGAGUAUUAGCCAGAGCAAUGUGAAACAUUACGCGCAUAGGAAUACCAAUACCGUAAAACCAAACAUGUUACAAGAGAGAAAUCGGAAAGGCAAGCGAGUUCUCUAUUACCAGUGUGUGCGCGUGCUGUGUUUUGCGCAUAAGCAAACAAUAGGGACCCCCGGACACGACGGGGAUGAGUGGAUUACACUACUGGGACACUGGGAAAACGCACGAAUCUCUUCCUUUUGAGCGAGAUGAGUUAAUGCUUUUGAGCGCAGGCCGGUAGCGCCUGUGUUUACAAUACCGAGCUAUUCCUGAGGCAUGUAUACGCCAUUUUCCAUGAACGAGUGCCCCGUAAAACUAUGGUCCCUUGUGUUUAACUUUUCAAGUGUCAAGUGUGCACCGAAUGUUCGAGUUCGCUGACCAUUCCCCAUUCUCACCUCGCUGUGCUCCGUUUUUCUGGCCGUUCGAAACAAUCGGCCCAUCGGUGUAGCUCGCCCAACCUUCUCUCGAAGCACUCACACUAGGCUAGGCUGUCCGGCCCCGGGCCAGUCAGAGGAAUAGAAGUGGUACAUGACCACCUCCCAAACACCACACCCAAAACCAUCAUUCCCCGCAGGUAGCAAUUACUUAUUUUUCGUAAAUAAAAAUGACUCACAAUAUUAGUAAAAAGAAAACGGAAACCACUAACAAGAGAUAAUCCGGAAAAGCCGCCCAUGGCAAGGCGUGUCGAGGCGGCAUCAUCCAUCUCUCUCGCACACAACGUGGCUGUUUAGUGUGCGCAGCCUGUCGGGUCAUUAUCAUGUAGCGUGUGUGUCGCACACCGUAGUAGGCGACGGAUAACGAAGGAUUGUGUGUACUCCUCCCUGCCACAUCUGCGCCUCGCGAUCAUAAUCUUCAUCCGGUGCAUUGUUUCUUCUACAUCAUCACCAAUACACUGUUAGCGCCACGUAAAUAUCACCACACGCGAGAUGUGUGUACACUCUACCUUGGGUAGGAAGAAAACAGGAACCGGAAGGACUCUACUUGAUGAACAUACCUUAUAAUAUUCGUUGUUACUGAGAAGAGAAUAACAUACACAGAGAGCAAACGGCAAGGGCAGGGUGUUCUGUGUUGAGGAACGGAAACAGCAAAAGAAAAGGCGACGUUCAACUGGACACUAAAAUUUUGGACUUCAGGCCGGAGAGAGCAGAGGGGCCGCAGGGAGAGUAAGCACAUAGCAAAACACAGAAGAAAAAAAUCCGGAGCAGUGGAAAUAGUACGCAGCGAAUCGAGAGGACACAAAAAAAGUGAAAAUAAACAAUUCUAGUAGUAGCCAUUGAGCAGCUUUUUAAUUGAGAUAAAAGUGAGUUGUGAAAACAUUAAAUUUUGUGUCACA